ACGUACAAAGUUUAAUACUGAAGAAUUCAGAAAGAUGACUUGUAGAUCAACAGCCGAAAGUGUGUGUGAAGAAGCCAUCCUGGGAAAAGUAAAAAAUGAUCUUUGGUUAAAAAUAAAAUCGUCUUUCAGUAAAUUAUUCUUUAUUUGGAACGAAUACGGUACUGAUGAUGCAUGGAAAUCAAGACGUGCAAAAGCAGUAAGUUACUACGUUCAAUAUUUAUUACAGGACAUAAUUAAUGAGGAAAACGGUUAUUCUGAGGAUAUAAAACAUCGCAUACAAGAUUACAAGAAUCAAAUAUUGGAGCUUUCAGAAUUAUUAUGUGUACGAACAAAUGACAUACCAGAAGGACGUUUAAUUCAAACAGAACAGCGUUUGUGUUUUGAAGUAAAAAAACUAUGUAAAUUAAAGGAUAGAAGGAUAAAAGUUUUUAAAGACCUUCGCUCUGAAGAGUCAAAAUAUUGCAAACGAUUGGGUUUACCACCUCUGCAUAUUUUGACGACUUCUGGCCUUGCAUCCGCAAAAAAUAUCAAAGAACUAGAGCAGCACAUUACUACGCUGAUAUUAGAAAAAGAUUACCGUCUUAGAAAGUACUAUGCCUUUAAAAGGGAAUUGACGACCAUUUUAGAAACAACUGAAAUAUCACCUGAAACAUCCCUUGAAAAGUUUAUUAUCUCUGGUAAAGAAGAUAGUAUCCUACUUUCAGAUGAAAGAAUGAAGGCCGUGGAAGAUAUUGUAUGCAAAGCCCAAAAUAAAAAAUUUAAUCUAGAAGCUAGGAAAAAAGAACUGAUGGACAAACUCACCACUCUCUGGGAGAGGUUAAAUGUAAAUGAAAAUGAAAAAGAAAUGUUUCUAUUACAGCACGCAGACUGUCGUGUCCAAACAAUUGAAUCUAUUGAAAAGGAAGUGCAAAAAUAUGAAGAAAUAAAGAAACAAAAUAUACAAAGCUAUGUAGAGAAUCUCCGCAGAGAGUUGGAAGCCUUAUGGAAUAAGUGCUUUGUUUCUGAAACACGAAGGCAGAAGUUUCCUUCUUUUGCCGCAACAGAAUUUAAUGACGAAAUCUUAGAAACGCAUGAGGUGGAAGUGGAGAAAUGGAGUAGCUUUUAUAGAGACACUGAAAAUAUUGUAAAUAAAAUUGUAAAAAAACAGAAAUUGCGCGAUUUAGUGAUAGUUUUCGAAACCAGCAGAUAUAAAAACAGAGGAGGAAGUCUUUUCCAAGAAGAAAAGGAACGAAGAAGGUUGCAAAAGGAUUUUACAGCAUUAGAAAAUGAAAUAUGUAAUGCUAUUAAUGAGUAUAAAGCUCAAAAAGGCAAAUCGUUUUUAUACUCUGGACUAGAUUUUCGAAAACUGAUUAGUAAGCGUUUGGAAAGCAAAACGAAAGCAAAAAAUAUGUAUCUAAGGGGUUUUGAAAUGUUUAUAAAAGAAAAUAUGUAAAUUGCAGAAUAACGCAUAAUUUCUGAUAAAUUUUAAUUCAUAAUAGUUGAGAAGAACUGAAAUUUCAUACGAUUAAUCCGGUAUUUGUUUUAAAAAUUUGAAACGUGUCUUUAUUGUGUAAAAUAUUUAGCAUUAUCCAUAUAGUUUUA